AUGUCUAACCCGAAGCUACGAGAACCGCACCCAGCCAGAGAAGAUGGCUGCUUCGCUGUGACACCCGAAAGAAAGUACUACAUUCGCGGCAACACCUUCAUCAAGAGGUCCCUCCGACCAAAAAAAUUCAUCACCAACUGGAAAGGCAAAACCUACGUUCCUCGACUGCGAAAAGAGCUCCUCAUGAACGAAGCUGCCGCGCUCCGCUUCAUCCGGCAGCACACCGACAUCCCUGUCCCCGACAUAUACUGCGGCUUUGAAGACGACGACGCCUACUACCUGAUAUCUCAAAACAUUGACGGGGUCAACAUGUCAUACUUGAAAGACGAGACCGUAGAAGGCCGCCGCCCGUGUGGAGCUGGAGAAACACCUGGCUAA